UGUUGUUUCUUAAAAUAAAAUACUCCUACAGUACUGAUCGCAUUUACUGCGGCCCUGGUGGACCCCGUCGCGCAGUGGUACAGCACUGGCCAGCGUGUCUGCCAUAUUGCCAUGCCAAUGCCAUGACCCAGCCAGCCCCACAGGCAGGCACUGGCCAUGCGUUUUUUUGACCGUUCAUGAAAAGCCACACUGCCUUCUGGCACUGGCGCUGGUCCGCUGGACAGGGUGCGCAGCGGCUGCGUUGGAACGGAGUGCACUGCGUCCCUCCCGUCCCGAUGCUACGGGACACGCCACCCACAGAACUGGGCGCUGUCCAAGCUGCUGCAUUUAAAUCCUCCUCCUCGUCACUUGAGUUCAAGGCUUCAAGGGAAGCGAGACUGCGAGAGAGAGAGAGAGAGUUGUACAAGGCUCGUCGCCGGCCGCACUGUAGGGGUACCUUGAGCCUGUUCACCGCCGUCGCCUGCCGCCUCACAUCCACAGCAUCCAUGGCCGACACAGCUCGCCUCUUCAUGCUGGUGGCGGUGGCCACGGCGGCGCUCGCCGGCCGCUCAGACGGCGCGUGGUGCGUGUGCCGGUCGGACCUGGCGGACAGCGCGCUGCAGAAGACGCUGGACUACGCGUGCGGCGGCGGCGCCGACUGCAAGCCCAUCCUGCAGAGCGGCGCCUGCUUCGCCCCGGACACCGUCAAGGCCCACUGCUCCUACGCCGCCAACAGCUUCUACCAGCGCAACGGCCAGAACCCGCAGGCCUGCGUCUUCUCCGGCACCGCCGCGCUCAGCAACGUCGACCCGAGCGCCAAUGGCUGCACGUACCCUGCGACCCCAAGGUAUUGGUUCCGGGAAAUGCCGCAUCUUGCAGUAGCAACUCUCUGGAGUCUGGACAACCUGAAGAUAUCUCCAGCUCGGCUCGCCGUCGCCGCCCAUCUUUAGAAAGGCUUAACCCCUAAGCCUGGUGCCCUGGUCCUAGUGCGUGCUAUAGAUUUGGAGCCUUUCAAAUCAAAGCGACGCGGUACCAUCCGGUGGGCGGCCGUGUGUUGUUCACUUGUUCUUUGGGGUUGGAAAAAUCCUGGAGGAAUAAAAAGGUGGUUUGCGCGUGGCCGCGGGGGGAUACGUUUCUCUCUCUCCUUUUUUUCCCCCCACAUUUGGCUGCAUCGAUGAACAA